AUGAAUACCGUUACCGAUGUUGGCGAAUUGUCUAAGUCUGAUUGUGGCGUGAGGCAUGGAUCGGAGCUAAGGCAAAACAAUUUGCAGCCGACAAUGUCAGGAGGAGGAGCUCCGCAGCCACCGGCGAAGGAACCAACAUCAUUGACAUUUCAAUUUCCAAUAUUAUCGUCAACAAACUAUACUAUAUGGAGGAUGCGUAUGGAGGUACUUCUCGGUAUUCACGGUGUCUGGGAGGUGGUCGAUCCAGGUUUAGAUUAUGCCAAGAAGAACAAUAUUGUGAAAGUGCUCUUGUUCCAGUCCAUACCAGAAGAUGAGGCGAGACUCCAGACCUUAACUGCUGAAUUCGAAAGCAUGAAGAUAACAAAGAAUGGUACGUUAGAUGAUUAUGCUGCAAAAAUAUCGGCCCUCGAGCAAGUACUAGAUCUUAAAACCAUUGGUUUUGAGGACGUGGUAAGAAGAUUAAAGGCAUAUGAAGAAAGGAUCAAAGGAGAGGAUAAAGUGAUCGAAACACAAGGAAAACUGCUUUACUCUAAAACUGAGUCCUCAAACAGAAACCGAGAUUCAUCUAGAGGGAGAGGUAACACCCAAAACCAUGGUUACCCACAACCUCCUAAAAAUCGAGAAAAUCAAAACCAAAAAGGAAAACAACGCGAACAAAUAGAACAUUCAAAUAUCCAAUGUUACCGUUGUGAUAAGUACGGACACUUCGCUUCUAGAUGCCCGGAUCGAACCAGAAACCAUGAAGCAAACCUUAAUGAGACACAAGAAGAAGAUAUGAAUCAUGAAGAAGGAACGUUUUUUAUGAUGAAUGCAAUUCAAGAAACGAUGUUCUUGAACGAAGCCAAAUACAUCCCUCCAAAGGUCGAGCCCAAUACCGAUAAAGACGGAGUCUGGUACUUAGAUAACGGUGCCAGUAAUCAUAUGACCGGUAAUUACUCCUACUUCUCAGAAUUAAAUGAACGCAUAACUGGAAGGGUAAGAUUCGGAGACGGGUCAUGCGUUGGUAUAAAAGGAAAGAGAUCAAUUUUGUUCGAAGGAAAAAACGGCGAGCAAAAAUUAAUGGAAAAUAUUUACUUAUAUUCCAUCCCUCAGGAGUAA